GGCUUGACUUCAGGUGCAGCAGAAUUCCCCAGCCCCCCAAGGAUUUGAGACCCAUCAGCUUUCCUCACCUGGUUUAGCCGGCCGGUUGAAGCCGUUGCUUGAAGCCCUGUUGCAUGCUGACAGCUUCUGGAAGCCACAGGAUUUCCUUUCUGCCCACUCUGAAAAAGGUGAUGGAGAAGACAGAAUUGCAGGGGACAGGGCACCUUUCAUUUCAUUAGGAAUAGCCAUUAAAAUGUGUGAAAUGUGGAAUAUGCUUCACUGAAUGAGCACACAUAGUUCACAUCAACAAACACAAAAAGGAAAGAACCCAUUUAAAGGUAUGUAGUGCGGAAAGAGCUUGUGUUUCAAUGCAAAACUUAGAACACACCAGUGGACUCACACAGAGAGAAAACUCACACAGAGAGUAUGGGAAGAACUUCAGUCAGAGUGGAAACCUUAAAUUGCACAAACGGACUCACACAGGGGGGAAACCAUAUGAAUGUAUGGAGUGUGGAAAGAAAUUUAGUAAUAGUGGAAACCUUGGAAGACAUCAACGGGAACACACAGGGGAGAAACUUUAUAAAUGUAUCGAGUGUGGAAAGAGCUUUAGUGAUAAUGGAAACCUUAGAAGACAUCAAUGGACUCACACAGAGGAGAAACCAUUUCAAUGUAUAAAGUGUGGAAACGUCUACAGUCAGAGUGGACACCUGAGAAGACAUCAACGUACUCACACAGGGGAGAAACCAUUUCAAUGUAUGGAGUGUGAAAAGAGCUUUAGUGAUAGUGGAAGCCUUAGCAGACAUCAACAGACUCACACAGGGGAGAAACCAUUUAAAUGUAUGGAGUGUGGAAAGGGCUUCAGUCACAGUGGAAGUCUUAGAAGACAUCAAUGGAUUCAUACAGAGGAGAAACCAUUUAAAUGUAUGGAGUGUGGAAAGCGCUUUAGCGAUAGUGGAAGCCUUAGCAGACAUCAACAGACUCACACAGGGAUGAAACCUUUUAAAUGUAUGAAGUGUGGAAAGAGCUUCAGUUAUAGUGGAAACCUUAGAAGACAUCAACAUGCUCACAUCGGUAAGAAACAAUUUAAAUGUAUGGAGUGCGGAAAGAGCUUUAGUGAUAAUGGAAAACUUAGAACUCAUCAACGGACUCACACGGAAGAAACCAUUUAAAAGUAUGGAGUAAAUACUAAAUGCUUCACUCAGAGUGGAAAUGUUAGAAAACAUCAGCAGACACACAGGGGAGAAACCAUUUAAAGGUAUGGACUGUAGAAGGAGCUUCAGUCAGAGUGGAAGCCUUGAAUUAUGUCAACAAACUCACACAAAAGACAAACCAUGUAAAUAUCAGGAAAUUAGAUAGAGGUUCACUCUUAGUGGAAGUUCAAAAUCAACAGACUCAUGGACAGGAGAAGCAGUUUAAAU